AUGAAUUUAAUUGAUAAUGCAAUUAAACCUGUGCAAUUACCAAACAUAACUCAGAAAAGGAGUAAAACUUAUGAAAUGAAAUCACUAUGGACACAAACAAACUGCACAUUACAGAUUAUGAAUAUUCUUUAUGUUGUGAUGGUCAAUGAGAUAAAUGACAGAAUAGAGGGCUCUAAUAAAUUACAAAUCACAAUAACACUUUUUUUUCUCGUAGCACUGCAACCAGACAAAAAAAAUAUAAAAAAGAUUUUUAAAAACCAGCAUGAAGCUUGA